CGAGAAUAUUGUGCCCAGGUGAUCACACAAUCGACUAAUGGAUUGAUUGUGGGCAGUAAAGGAUUGGUAACAGUUCUGCAAUUGGAUAUUUGUCGAUUUCAGUGCUAAGAGAACAUCAUUUAACAGAAUCAGCUGGCCCCCACAAUUGAGGAUGCGGUUGACGAGGUUUUUCUACACAACACUACUUAUCGGCAUAUUACAGAUAUCGGUAGCUGACGAUACGGUGGAAGUGGUUAAAGCCAUCAGUCCCGGUGACGAGGUCGAGAAGCGCGAAAAUGACCCGGACCAGGUGGCGCUGGAGUCUGUCGAUCAGGACCACCAGGGAGCUGCGUCGGUGCAUACUUUUCCCCAGCACAUACCGCUUUCGAUAGGUCAUGGACCGGGGCCGCAAUCGCAUGGGCCGGGACCGGCGGGACCGCACGGGCCGCACCACGGAGGACACGGACCGAGUAGGGGUGCCCCACACGGACUGGGUCAACCAUUCGGUCCACCACCACCACCGCCUCCACUACUGCCGGCGGCUCACGCUUACCACGGUCCACCACCGCCGCCACCGAAACUACAAUCGACCGAGCUGGGCCCGGAUAAGCUGUACGGUGCUCCUCCGCUUGCCGGAAACGACCUGUGGUCCUCGCCGCUGCAGGACAUGCCCAAGAUCGUUUCGCUGGACGUGAAAUGUGAAAAGCAGGGCAUGAAGGUGUUUGUUCAGUUCGACAAACCCUUCUUCGGGAUUAUCUUCUCCAAGGGUCACUACAGCAACAUCAACUGUGUCCACUUGCCGGCUGGGCUGGGCAAGACAUCGGCUUCGUUCGACAUCGGCAUUCAUCAGUGUGGAACCGCAGGCAACACGGACAAUGCGCUGUACAAUGGGUACUCGGGAACGGAGUCCGGCGCCGGGUCGUACUUUGAGAAUAUUAUUGUACUGCAAUAUGAUCCUCAGGUGCAGGAGGUUUGGGAUCAGGCCAGAAAGCUAAGGUGUACGUGGCACGAUCAGUACGAGAAGAGCGUUACGUUCCGUCCAUUCCCGGUAGAUAUGUUGGAUGUGAUUCGGGCAGACUUUGCCGGCGACAAUGUUGGCUGUUGGAUGCAGAUCCAGGUUGGUAAGGGACCGUGGGCCUCGGAGGUCUCCGGAUUGGUGAAGAUCGGACAAACGAUGACCAUGGUACUGGCGAUAAAGGACGAUGACAGUAAGUUCGACAUGUUGGUCAGGAACUGCAUGGCCCACGAUGGAAAACGUGCACCAAUUCAGCUGGUAGAUCAGCGAGGUUGCGUAACGCGUCCGAAACUGAUGUCUCGAUUUACCAAGAUAAAGAACUUUGGAGCCAGUGCUUCCGUGUUGUCGUACGCACAUUUCCAGGCGUUCAAGUUCCCGGACUCGAUGGAGGUUCACUUCCAGUGUACGAUUCAAAUCUGUCGCUACCAGUGUCCCGAACAGUGUACCGAUCCUGGCAAUCUGGAUGUUCACCAUCUAUCUGGAGGCCCAGAACAUCAACAGUAUGGACCACCGCCAGCAUCUCUGGACGCUCAUGUCUAUGCGAAUCGCAAACGAGAUGACCGACGAAUUCGUAGAACUCGUGCCGCUGACGAAACGGAAGAUAACGAAGACGUCGGCAUGAAACGCAUCAUUCGGGUCGUAGCUCCCGGUGAUUUGACCUUCCCAAUUGGUAGUCAGAACAGUACUAACGAUUCCACAAUGAUCUUCCCGGCUCGGGAAGAGGGCCUUAUAUGCAUGACCACCCCCGGCUUCACGGUCACGAUCGUGGUACUGCUGUCGAUUUUGAUUGCAUCCUGUUUGACUUCGGCCUUCCUCUGCAUACGACUGAAACCGUUCUCGCUGUCCUCUAGGAAGCUGCGGGCAGUUGCCUUCACCAAUCCUCACCUUAGCCCGUCAACGGCCUCGAUUGUGUCCAGCGGGUCCAGUUCGAUGGUUAGUGGCACGCUGAAAUCCACCAAGUCCACGAAAUCGAGGAAUUUCUACUCGUAAUUGUCACAGCAGUGAGAAAAGACUGGUAACACACCUUAACAGUAUAGCACAGCCGAAAACACGCCCACACCUACACGCCUUAAGCACGGAUAAUUAAGGAUCACAAUAGCCAGGAGGAAGGAACGCAUACACAAGCUAGCAAACACUAACACUCAUACACACAUCUGUAAGUACAAGGUUCUCAGUGUGGAACGAAUCCUACUCCUUCAGUUAACCGCCUUCUGCCGAUAAACCUACCUUAAAAAAAAGGCAUAGUAAACAAAAAUACUUGCACAGUCAUCAGUUUCCAAUGACAGUUUGUUUGAUAAAUUCCCCGUGAGGCGAGUCUUGUCAGAGAAAAAACGGAAAACAAUACAGAAAAUUAAAUUAUUUGACGUCCAUGAAACGAAUACAGUUGCAAUGUGUGUGAUUAUAUACGUAUACGAAAUGAGGGUGUGCGUGAGAUUAUUUCACCAUUUCAACAACACAUUCCAUAAACUCAAUCAAUCGCACUAACACAAUGACACAUUCGAUUUGGCAGAAAAUUGUUCCAAUAGCUGUGGUGGCUACUGUUCCGUGCUCUUUGACAGGAUUCCUCAAAAUGGGAGAACAUCCAUCAAACUAGAGUCUACGAGCUACGAAAAUUAAAACCAACUUAUUUAUUUAUUUAUUUUAUUUAUCAACAAGUCCAUUAGUCAAUUUAGUGGCGAACGCGUGUAACCGUUGUUUUUGUUAAGUUUUUGUUUAGGCCCUCUACCUGCUUUGCUGGUGUUAUUGUUAUUAAUAUUGCACAAAUAUUGUUACACUGAUUGUUUUCGUUAGCAAAAAAACAGAAAUAAAACGUCACUAGGAACAAAGUUCAUCGCAGCAGGCAAAGCACGUACGAAAAAAAAUGAUGCACGAUAGUGAUAGGCUAUAUAGAAAUGAUAAGAGCGGUUGCUAAGCGAAAGUUAACAGCGGUAUUCCACAGGCAUCGGAAAAUUUUCUUUCCUCCGCGACUACUGCUGGAGAGCAAACAGAAAUGCCGCAUCGAAUGACGGAGAAAGAAAAUUCCUGCUUCAGAAAUGGGUCGCCAUAUUUACUUUUAAUUAUUUUUAAAACAUAACUCGUACAGCUGCGAAGCGCUCUUUUUUUCAUUUUGUUUGUUUGUUUACAUUUUAUAGGGUGUCUUUUAUAUUAGUUAUUUGAUCUACUCACACAAUUCCAAUGGUUCCACUUUGCGGAGUUUUGAUUGAGUGAAACAUCUCACUUUCUCUAUCUCAGGUCAAUAUCGUUUAUCUUGAAAAUGGGAAGAAAUUAGGGGCUUAAGCCUCUUGUCGGCGCCUAGUAAACAAAACAAAACGUACUUUCCGUAUGACACAGAAAAAUCCACCACAUCGUGGAACCAUUGAAAACGAGAAACGCAGAGAUGCAGCUUUACUUAUUAAAUAGCGCGCGCAUGUACUCUAAAACUCUUAACUUUAUUUAGACUUAAUCCAGGUGGCCCUUAUUGAUUUACCUUUUCUCCGGCCCCAAUCAUGAUUUUUAUUGAAUCAGUGCUAACAAAACGUAAAAUCACAUACACUCUCUCUCCCUAGUAUACCGCCAAAAGCCGAGGGAACGUCGUGGUCACAUUUUAAAAAUGUGGCGCCCUCUUUUCUUAGCCCUCGAACCUAGAUAAACAAUUUGACAGCAUUCCACUUUUAAACAGUAAG